GUAUGUAUGGAGUCACGACGCAACGCAGUUCGUCAUGACCUGAAGUGAAUCACGAUGGGAUUGCUUUAGUGACGUGGAAUUAAGGUUAGAUGCAAUUAGCCAUGGCGUGUAAGAGCUGCAUAUUUACCAGCAGCUGAAGCAUAAAGCUGCUCAUUGAUCCCACUUCUCAUCACCUUUUUUUUGGGGCUAUUUCUGUACACACGUUCAUCCAGAGCAGAAAUUUUUUCACCCUGAACUCGAGCACUAUAUUUAUGUAGUGGGGAGCGCGUGGUGCGCUGACUGAGUGCGCCGCUGAAGUCCAGCGGAUUUCUCUGAGAGGACGCUGCUCUUUGCUCAGUGCAGCUGUGGACGACAGCAGAAAUAGCCCAGUGGACGCCUUUUGUGUUUCUAUUUCUUUUAUUUUACCAAACGCGUUUUACUAUUAGGUUUUUUUCUUCUUCUUCUGCAGCACAAAGCGUAUAUCGGAUGCACGGCUGGGUUUCCAGCAGUCGGAGAGCUCUGGCCAGAUUCAGCACCACAUCAGCUUUGGACAGCUCCGCGUGGAUGGGCUCUGUCGGUCUCCGUGUCUCCAGCAGCUCCUAACUACCGGCAACAAUGGCAUCGCAGGGUUUCUGGUCUCUUGGCGGAGAUAAUGCGGGGGCCAAUAACACCGGGAGUCAGAGCCCCAGUACACCCAGGGCUUGGUGCCAAGCGGCUGCCCAGAAAUUAUCCGGAGGAAUUGGAUCGAAAUUAUGUGCGCUGCUCAAUGUCGGGGAAGUGGAGAAACCCGCCGAGCCGGCCGCCAAGCAGCCGCCGGAGACCGAGGCAGCUGGCACCUGCGGCUGCAACAAAUCUUGCAACUGCACCAAAGCUGCUGUGGUCUUCUCCGACCUCUAUUCAACAGACCUGUUACCUGCCAUGGACAGUGACGCCAAAACAAUGACCUUCCUUCAGGAAGUUGUGGAUAUUUUACUGGCCUACAUCGUGGAGUCUUUCGACCGGGACACGAAGGUUAUUGAUUUUCAUUAUCCAAACGAGCUGCUCCAGAUGAACAACUGGGAGCUGCAGGGCGAGCCGGCCUCUCUGGAUGAUAUCUUGAUCAGCUGUCGAGCUACUCUCAAAUACGCCAUCAAAACAGCCCACCCCAGGUACUUCAAUCAGCUCUCUACAGGAUUAGACAUGGUUGGACUAGCAGCUGAUUGGCUAACAUCCACUGCCAACACCAAUAUGUUCACCUAUGAGGUGGCUCCUGUCUUUGUGCUGCUGGAAUACGUCACUCUGAAGAAGAUGAGGGAGAUCAUUGGCUGGCCGGAUGGGCGAGGAGAUGGCAUUUUCUCCCCUGGUGGGGCUAUUUCUAAUAUGUAUGCCAUGCUGCUGGCUCGCUUCAAGAUGUUUCCUGAAGUGAAGGAGAAAGGAAUGUCAUCUGUUCCCAGACUGGUGGCCUUCACAUCCGAACAUAGCCAUUUUUCAAUCAAAAAAGGUGCGGCAGCCCUUGGCAUUGGGACAGAGAGUGUGAUCUGCAUCAAAGUAGAUGAAAGUGGCAAAAUGAUCCCAGGUGACCUUGAGAGGAGAAUACUGGAGGCAAAACAGAAGGGCUUUGUUCCUUUCUUUGUAAGUGCAACUGCUGGAACCACAGUGUACGGAGCUUUUGACCCUCUCAUCGCCAUUUCUGACAUCUGCAAAAAGUACAACAUCUGGAUGCACGUUGAUGGUGCGUGGGGAGGAAGUCUCCUCAUGUCACGGAGACACAGGUGGAAGCUGGAUGGAGUUGAGAGGGCCAAUUCAGUAACAUGGAACCCACACAAGAUGAUGUCAGUCCCUCUGCAGUGUUCAGCCCUGCUGGUCAGAGAGGAGGGUUUGAUGCAGAACUGCAACCAGAUGCACGCCUGCUACCUGUUCCAGCAGGACAAACACUACGACCUGUCCUACGACACCGGAGACAAAGCGCUGCAGUGUGGACGCCACGUAGACAUCUUCAAGUUGUGGCUCAUGUGGAGAGCUAAGGGCACCAUAGGGUUUGAGGCUCAGAUUGACAAGUGUUUGGAGCUUUCGGAGUACCUCUACAACAAGAUCAAAGACAGAGAAGGAUACGAGAUGGUCUUUGAUGGGAAACCUCAGCACACCAACGUCUGCUUCUGGUACCUCCCUCCUGGGAUCCGCUACAUGGAGGACAAAGAGGAGAGAAAGAAACACUUGCACAAGGUGGCUCCAGUGAUAAAAGCCAGGAUGAUGGAGUACGGGACUACCAUGGUCAGCUACCAACCACAAGGAGACAAGGUCAACUUUUUCCGCAUGGUGAUCUCAAAUCCUGCCGCUACCUUCCAGGACAUCGACUUUCUUAUUGAAGAGAUUGAACGACUCGGCCAGGAUCUAUAAGACUCAUCUCACCAAGUCCUCUUGUACUUUUGCCCUUGACGGAUGAAUUGUUUGUGGUGAAUGUCCUGGUAAACUUAUUUUUUUCUUCUCUCUAUUUCCUCUAAAGUCACAUAUUUAAGAGUAUAUUUGAGAAAACAAGACCUACAGAUAUAUCCAUACAUUAUGUAUUGUAGCUUUGCAGUGGACUAACUUGGUCCAAAGCUAUGUAAAAGUGCUUCUGUCUGACUUUCCUAUAGUGCAGUAGAUGUCAGAGUAGUGCAAGUGAUGUAACUUUAUAUGUAAUUUUUGUGAUAUGAAAUGCUUGUGCAUUAGGCCAAUGAGGAAGAGUUUUAUUUUUUUAAUUAUUUCUCCUUUGCCGAGUAUGUUGUUAAGUGCCACACGUGGUUGUGUUCUAUUGUAACUUUACAUUUUAAACUUAUGGUUUAAAAAAAAAAAAAAAACAGUUCACCUUACCUCAGCUUAAUCAACUGCCUUUACGUCUGCACACACUACUCCAAGCAGUGAUCUUUGAACAAUAUUCUCUUCACUGGUGAUGCAUAGCAGCAUGUUAAAUAAAUACCCAUACCAGAACAAGCCGUCAUAGGGAUUUGGAAAUAGGUACAAAAUAAGGCAUUUUCAUCAUAAUUACACAACAGCAAAGUUAAUUCAAAGCAUUUAUUAAGACGUGUUGUUCCAUUGUGCAUCACAUCGGCUUUUGACAGUUUGGUCCGCGGCUUAUGAUUCUUAUUGAAUAUUGCAGCUUAUUACUUCUAAUACUUUCUACUCUUUUUACACACACACACACACUUCUUUCUAGUGUAUUUAAGGUGAGAAAGGCUUGUUGAAUCCAUUUUGUUUGUCACCAGCUACGGUACAUGCACAUAUCAAAAUGGAUACCAUUACCAACCAGGCUGUGUAAAUAGCUGUGCUAAGUGUGCUUUACAUGUUGUAGUGAUGAUCUAAAAUGCUAGUAUUAACAUUACAAGAAUAUUACAAGCGGUACCGUUACCAUUUUAUUUAUUUGAAAUCCAAUUUUUGCUAUGAUUAACGAACAUUUGUUUAGCCAUUCAAAGAAUUUGGAAUUUGAAAUUUAAAUCAGUAGUAAUUGUUAGGGGCGGAGUCCACCUUUACCAACCAGAAUUCAAAUUGCAUAACCCACGCACAAGUGGACAUUUCAUUUGACCUAAUGGAUCAAUUUGUGAUAACACUAAGUAUCAUGUCAGAGUGUGUGGCACUCAAAACAAAGUCAUCAUCUUGUUUUUUGGAGAAUGAGAAGCAAGGCUGGACUACCAACUGGGCAAAGUGUUUAACUGCCAUGGGGCCCCAGGCCCUGAGGGGCCACCAAAGCCCUGAGUUUACAUGUAUGUCAACUGGUUUGGAUUAACCGCAAAUUUGCCAAAUUUAAGAACAAUAUCAAUGGGCCCUGCAUUCUUUGAAAAGCUUGUGGCCAUGUCUUCUAAAGUUGCGGUUCCACAAAGCAGUCCAGUUCAGUUAAUUAACAAUAGAAAGGUUAAUUUUGUGUUGCCAUUAGCAAAAGUUAUGGCUAGAACCUGGUCGAGGUUCCAAGCGAGGUGAACCAAUACUAAAAGGUGGAGUUAACACAAUGCAGACUUACCCACUUACCAAAGUGCGGUAGGUGGGGGUCAGUAGCGGCCCAACAGCACAUUCUUGCCCCUGUACCCACUGAUGAAUCGAUCCAACCAUGAUGGGAAGCUUUUUAGGCUAGUGGGCAUCACAUGACCUGCAAUACCGACUGUGGCCACAACUCUAAAAUCCCAUUGCAGUCCAUCAUUGCGCCUAUCGGCUCUGUCACACACUUGCUGUUACCACAAUACAAUUGAAAGGAUUAUAACUUUAAAGUUGUAAAUCCUCUCAUCUACAGUAACAUAAUGAGAUAAGUUAUUUGUCAGGGGUGAUUUUGGAUGAGCGACUAAAGAAAGAUUGAAGAGCUUACAAAAACAAAGAACGGGUCAACGAUGGUGUCUUGUCUAAAUAAAGGAACUUCACCAGACUUGCAGCUACUGCAUACCUGACAUCACUUGCACUAAAUCAUCGGGAAGGAGGAGCAUCCCUUAGCUUUGCAACUGAGAUUCCUUCUUUAUUCAUUCAAAAGCAAUAUUCGAGUAUGGGUCCAAUCUAUAUACCAUGCACAAUAUCAAAAGAAACGGUGAAUUCAAGUGUACAAUAGUUAACGAUAAUCAAGUUUGCUACUAGUUAGCCAAAACUAAAAACAUGCUUACUGUGGACCCUGAUUUAACAAGCAGAGGUUCUGUAGCAUUUUCAUUAGAAGUUAGAAAAGCACAAUUUGCUCAACACGGUCGCUCAGUGUACAAUCACUUUUGAUCAUAGUUUGUAAAUAGUAUUUCAAGAUGUCCUAAAUACAUAUCUUUGUGUAUACAUAAGUGUAUAUAAGACAUAUAACCAGAGUGAGGUAAAGUUAUUCAUAUUUUCUCUAUCUCCAAUAUAGAUUACUUGUAUUUUCAUCCUGUUUGUCCAAAAGGCUUUUUGUGUGUGUGUGUGUGUGUGUGUGUGUGCGUGUCUGUGUGUGUGCGUAUGUGUGUGUGUGUGUGUACAGUAUAGUACAGUAUGUAUGUCAGAUACUUGACUUGGUUUGUGACUGUCCUAGCUAUUUCAAGGAAAACGUGUUUCAGUGACAUGGCUUUAAAGAAACUGACAGAUCUCACCUCGAAUUAACUUGGUGAUUGUAUUUUAAGUGAAUAUGCAAAGCCAUUUUGACUCUGAAGCCCUGUGUUUUUUGUGCACAAAGUAAAUACUUGACGGUAUGUUAACGUGCCAAUGUGUACCUUAGUGUGUUUGUAACUGUGUUGCCUUAGUAUAAAUUUGCCAGUAUUGUCUAGUUUUCCUCCAAAGAGGAGGUUGUGCACUUUAGAGUAUACUACAUGACCUAAUAAUGUGCAAUGUCCAAUGGUUUUUCAUAAGUUGAUGUUAAAAAAAAUAUAUCCUCAAAAAUGUAACUUAAGGUCUUUGGUCUGAAUGUGACAUGAAUCCAGGGUCUGUUGGAAAUCAAAUCAUUUAAUUUUUUGCAGUACAUUGUAUUAUAAUAUAUAUAAGUUUUACUGUAUUACGUCCCAACAGAGAUUAGCCUCCAAAACAUACGGCCACAUAGGUCGUUUGUUCCUACCCUCUAAUACUGUGGUUCUCAACCUUUUUGAGUCGUGACCCUCUCUCAGAAUGAGGUUGUUGUUCGCGACCCAGGCUCAGGCUUUGUGGCUUAUUGAUGCAUUUGUUACUUUUUCUCUCCCCAUGACCCACCUUCAGACCCCUUUCUGUGUUUUUGGACUUCUUGAUUUACACAUGAAGCUCUAAAUAUUACACAUGAAAUGUACCAAACUCACAAAGUAAUGUCAAAACCAAUCCCCAGUCUAGAAUAUGUCUUUUCAUUUUUCUCUCCCCAACCAUCUGGCAACCCCCACAAAAAACUUUUUUUGACCCUUCUGGGGGUCCCGAUCCCCAGGUUGAGAACCACUGCUCUAAUUUAACCCAUGGGAGCCUUUCAUAAUGUGGCCCCCCUAGCAGUUUUAAACAUGUGAAACAGUUGCAGUUUGGUUAGGUCUAGGCACAAAACGACUUGGUUAGGGUUAGAAAAAAAAUCAAGGUUUGGGUUUAAAUCAGUAAAUUUUUUACGUUACUUCAUGUCAUGCGUUUGUUCAUGAAGUAACUACGCAUGUGACGGAGAAUGUGAUGUAAUUCCUUUUUAUUAUGUAAAGUGAAAAUGACCCGUUGUUUACUUUUAUUUUUAUACGGGACACGAACACCAGUCUCCUGGGUAAAAGUCCAAUUUGUUCAACCCUGUCCACCCUUAACAGACUUUCGUCUUAAUACCACAUGACAUGACUCCCUGCUUUGCUGUUGUCAUAAUUACUAUGGCCUUUAGAGGGUGGAGGCUAACAUUGAAACUUAAAUACGGGUUGUAUUUGCUGCUUGUACAAGUGACCUAUGGGGCCGUUUUUUGGGCAAGGACAGUCUCCGAGUUUAACACACUUUUAAGAUAUAUUAAUCCGACUUCUGUUUCCAGAUAAAAUUGGCGUACACACUGUGACACAGACAACAUCGGAUUUAUUACAGCGACACAGGAAUCUUGCUAUGGUGGUCUCGGAAAGCCAGACAUUUUCUUCUCUUGUUGCUGCUGCUGCUAGACUUGCUUCCUUUGCACGUGCAUGCAAUGCCUUGCCUAUCCAGCUUGUUUGAUAUCUUCUAUCCUAUAUAUCUAUUUCUAUAUAAACAUAUAUACAUAUAUAAAGUCUGUGUAGCUCCUGUAAUUAGCUUUUGUGUCCGACGUAUAGCUUUAGCCUGUAGAUAAGUGCACUGUCGCGCUAGCCUUUACAUGUAAUUCUGUGUCUUUGGCUUCCUGUAAAGUUUUCUCCGUGCCGCAAGCAUGCUAACCCCGCCAAGCAUUGUAUUCUUCUCCGCGCUUGAUCUGACUAUCUCUAUAUUCUGUCUUUUCUUCUUCUGCUUGAAGACUGUCGCAGCUCAGGACGUAGAGUAUUAUAUCUAUAUAUAUAUAUAUAUAUAUGUGUAGUCCCCUCAGCAUGUCUCUAUGAAAGCUAUUUUUCUGCUCUGCAACUUUUCCACCUUUUCUCUCUUUCUCUUCCGCUUCGCUCUCUGGUAGCAGUGACAACGUGUCCUUGUGCGCUUUCCUCUUAACGUUUCUCGGCUGCCCGCUGUCGUUCUGUUUGCGUGUCUGAGAUGGUGUGUUGACUCGAGUCAUGGUGCAAUAACUGUCGCUGUUUCUGAUUUUGUUUUACCAAGGCCCUAGACUCUAGGAUGUAUGAGAAACAGAAUCAAAAGGAUUUAGAACUGAUUGUCCAAAAACUUGUCCAAUGCAAUGUUGUUAGCCUUCAACACAGAAGUAUAGAAACAAAUACCCUGGUUUCUUGCUUAUGCUAACUAGGGUUUGUUUAUGAGAAUAAUUACAAUCCCUAGAACUCGGAGAGCAGUUCACUUUCACUAAAUAUGUUACGAUUUUGAAUCAUAUAUUCUGCAAACUGCUGUGCUAGCUUCUCUCAAACAUUCAUUUUGUCCUGAACUACAUGUUACUAUUGAGAAAGUAGAAAUAAAUAUUGUCAAAACAAA